AUGCGAGCUCCAUCUUCACUGUUUUCUCAACCAUCCUUCUUCCCUUCCAAACUCGGCUUUCCAAAAACCCUAAGCGCAAUGUGCUCAGCUUCGUCACCAUCUUUCUCAUCCUCCAGCGCCGUACGAUUGCCGGCGGUCCAGCCUGUUCCUGGCCUCACCGCCGACGAGAUCUCCGCGGCCGCUUCAGAGAUCUUCGCAAGGCACUGCUUCGCCGGCGCAAAGCGGCCGGGAGAUGGCGUGGCGAUCGUUUGGUUCAGGAACGAUCUCCGUGUACUUGACAACGAUGCCCUUCUCCAGGGCUGGGCUGCUUCCAACGCUCUUCUCCCAGUCUAUUGCGUCGAUCCUCGCCAUUUCGGCUCCACUCACCUCUUUGGAUUCCCAAAAACCGGAGCAUUACGAGCAAAGUUUUUGUUAGAGGCCGCAACAAAAAGGGUCAACAGGCCUUACAGGUUUUGA